AUGAUGUCGUGGUUAGUAGAAAAUAUACUGAGGUAUUUAUUGGUCGCCAGGUAUCAGGAACUCUGGAGGAAGAACGUUUUCAACCGCUUUGAAACUAUGAAUUACCUUUCCCCACGACAUCAAGCCUACACGCUAUCAGCUUUACCUGAACUUCAGCCCUUGGUCAUUAAUUUCGGCCGGAAACUGCGUGUGUGGCCUCAUAAUCACGGACGCUUCGGCCUUUCUGUUUCUGAACCCUGGACGCUCGGAAUCCUCGAAUCAAGACGGAGGCUAUUCUCAUCUACACCUGCGGGCGGUGAUCUGCCGCUGAGUGGAAUACGUGUAUUGGAGAUUGGCCAGCUCAUUGCGGGUCCUUUUGCUGGACAGUUGCUUGGUCAAUUUGGUGCUGAAAUAAUUAAAAUCGAGCCACCACAAACCGGAGAUCCUCUUCGUGUGUGGCGCGAGCUUGAUGUGGAUGGUACAAGCCCAUGGUUUAGAAGUAUCGGCAGAAACAAGAAAAGUGUCGCAAUUGACCUUCGCAGGCCCGAGGGGAGAGAAUUAGUGAAGAAACUGGCCAUUAAGAGCGACGUUUUACUAGAGAACUUCAAACCUGGCACUCUGGAAAAAUGGUCCAUGGGCCCUGCUAAUCUGCAUCCUCAUAACCCAUCUCUGAUCUUCACUCGAGUGAGUGGGUACGGCCAAACAGGUCCUUGGGCGUCGCGUCCAGGUUACGCCUCAGUCUGCGAAGCAGAAUCUGGCUUCCGAUACAUCAAUGGCUACCCCGACCCACAAACCGGGCGACUGUCAGGUGCACCCGUUCGGCCUAACAUCAGUUUGGGUGACUCUGUAGCUGGGCUGCACGCCGCGUUCGGAACGGUUCUUGCUCUUCUCUCGAGGCACCGACAAGAAGCGAGAGCCUCUUCGAGGCCGAUAGGAAAAACUGUCGACGUUAGCAUCGUCGAAAGCAUGCUUAACCUUAUGGAGGGAAUAAUCCCCGAGUACGAUAGAAAGGGCAAGAUACGAGGUCCGUCCGGCUCCUCGGUCACAGGCAUCGUGCCCACCAAUGCGUAUCCUUGCCGCUCGGAGUCACCAGCACAGACCUCUCCCGACGAAUAUAUUGUGAUUGGGGCCAACGGCGACACGAUCUAUAACCGCCUCAUGCGUGCUAUUGGACGCCAGGACCUCAUUGGGCCCGAGUAUCAGCACAACCAGCACCGAGUGGGGCGGCAGGAAGAAAUCGAGACCGCCAUUUCAGGGUGGACGCGACAGAGAACGCCCGACGAGGUUAUUGAGGUCAUGAAUGCGGCAAGAGUGCCCGUUGGGCGGGUGGUCAGCGUGAAGGAAGUGGUUGAGAAUGCGCACAUCCGGGAGAGAGGCGCUGUCAGAGAUGUUAAUAUCGGGGACUGGACGGUCAAGAUGCAAGGAACCUUCCCCGUUCUCGACGGCGUAGAUUCUCAACCAAAGUGGGCAGGCCCAGAUUUGGGAGCCCACACUGACGAGGUGCUGACGGAGGAUUUGGAUCUGACACAAGAAGAGCUUGGGCAACUGAGACGAGAAGGAAUCAUCGGUUAA